AUGGCUGGUAGCGGUUGGAGAAGAUAUUUUGAAUUUUCUUUGACCGAAAAAAAUCGAAACAAUGGACUAUGUAAAUUAUGCAAUCGAAUUUACAAAGAUAAAUAUGGAACUCAUUCAGAUGAAUAUGCUCGAACAUUUAAUAUUCAACAUGAAUUUUCAUCUGAAGGAACACAUGUUGCGGAAGAUAGUCCAAUAUCACGUGAAAUAACCAAUUCAAAAGAUAGACACAAUCGAAUUACAUGUUUGAUUGGGUGCGGGUAUUUGAAUGAGUACAUUUUGGUUUCUGUUGUCAUGUCAACUCACACCCAACAAUAG